CACCAGAAUCUUGCUCAGUAGAGAAUGCACCUAACCUGCUCAGGGGCCCCACAGGGGUUGAAAUAACAGCAGGUGGGCAGGGGGUGGAUUAGCCAAGGCAGCUUGGUUGCAAAUAACAAAUGCCAACUCCAGCUUGCCUAGGCAGAGAGGAAAGUUUGUCAUGAGAAGUCAGGGCUACCUACAACCCUGGGGUAUGCGGGGCCUGGGGAAUGGACAGAAGGGAUCAGCAAAACCCUCCAAAUCUCCUGUGUGUCUCACUAGGCACACCUGCUGCACAUUCUCCCAUUCACAGGUUGGGGCUGGCACAGGACUGACUCCCAGGGCCACAUCCACGGACAAUCUCACCCGCAGGCUCCAGGCCCAGGCCAGGCUCUUGGGAGGGGGAGAAGCUGCUGGGCCAACAUGGGCGUGGGCCGACGCCUUUCGAAGCAGUCCUGACCUCACGGGUGUUGUGCAUAUAUAUGAGGAGCUGAAGAGGAAAGGGGUCGAGUUUCCUAAUGCAGAUUUGGACGCUCUGUCUCCCAUACACACACCGCAACGGAGUGUCCCUGAAGUGGAUCCAGCCGCCACCGUGCCCAGGUCCCAGGCGCAGCAGAGGACAAGUGCCGGCUCCUUUUCCUCGCCUCCUCCUCCUCCCUUCUCCGCGCCGCAGGCCCCGGCUCUGAGUGUGACCGGCCCCAUCACAGCCAAUGCAGAACAGAUCGCCAGGCUGCGGAGCGAACUGGACAUUGUUCGAGGAAACACAAAAGUCAUGUCUGAGAUGUUAACGGAAAUGGUUCCUGGGCAGGAAGAUUCAUCUGAUCUGGAGUUGCUACAGGAGCUGAACAGGACCUGCCGGGCCAUGCAGCAGCGCGUGGUGGAGCUCAUCUCGCACGUGUGCAACGAGGAGGUCACCGAGGAGCUGCUGCGCGUCAACGACGACCUCAACAACGUCUUCCUCAGAUACGAGAGGUUCGAGCGAUUCCGGUCCGGCCGCUUGGUCCAAAACGCCAGUAACGGGGUACUGAGUGAAGUGACCGAGGACAACUUAAUAGACCUGGGGCCGGGGUCUCCCGCCGUGGUGAGCCCCAUGGUGGGGAGCACGGCACCCCCACCUUCCCUCUCAUCCCAGCUUGCUGGCUUGGCAGAACGACCGGUCACUAUGACGUCCACUGACCACCAGGGGGCAGA